AUGGGUAUAAUUACUGUUCGAAAGGAACUAGGAGGUCAAGGACAUAUGGCAUCUAUCGACUCCAAAUUACGAUCGACAAACACACCUCGUCUCAGCAGCAUCAUGUAUUUGAGAGCUUGGGAACUUGGGAACUGGGGAACUUGGGAAUUUGAGGACUUGGGAAUUUGGGAACUUGAGAAUUUGAGAACUGGGGAACUUGAGAACUGGGGAACUUGA